AACUUACACCCGCCUGAAUAGUAGCAUCAAAGAACAUUGAAGACAUCUCAGCCAUCAUCUACUACCAGCCAUGACCCAAAUCACCCUCACAGACCAAGACCUCAACCUCACCUUCCACGCAACAUACACCACAACCACCAUAACCCCUUUCCUCAUCUCCGUCAAGCAGCCCUUCCUCGACGAAACCAAGCUCAAGGCCUCCCUCACACGCUUCGUCACCACAGAACUCAAGCCACCCUCCAACACUCAACCCACCGCCUCCUUCACCGACGGCCCUCCCGCCGACGCCGCAAGAACCAUUGCCGCCCACUGGACAAACGAGUACAGCUGGCGCGCCGUCGAAGCCGCCAUCAACGCCCGCCUCACACAAUUCACAACCAUCGUGACGACGACGACCCCCGAAACGGCCGCCUACAAGGAGCCCAUCCCGCUGCACUUUGUCCACCACCGCUCCCCCCGCGACGACGCCAUCCCUUUGCUCUUCGUCCACGGCUGGCCCGGCUCGUUCCUGGAAGUCGACCGCAUCAUCCGCCUCCUGACUCAUCCCCCCAAGAGUGAGAAGGGGGAGGAGGGAUCAUCUUCCUGUCCGGCCUUUCAUGUCGUCGCCCCGUCUAUCCCGGGAUACGGCUUCUCGCCCUCGCCUCUCGCCCGGGGCUUCGGAUACCGCCAGGCUGGCGCCGCGUUCAACGCGCUGAUGCACAAGCUUGGAUACCCGCGGUACGUCGUCCAGGGCGGCGACGCAGGCGACUUCAUCGUUCGGUACGCCGCGCUGGACUAUCCCGAGGCGGUCGUCUCCUUGCACUCCAACUUCUGGGUCGUCCCGCCGUCGGAGGACGACCGCGCGAGGCUCGCACAGGGCAAGGCCACGCAGGAAGAAGCGGACAUUAUACGCCGACUCGACGGCUUCUCGAGUCAGAGAUGGGCGUACGGACAUCUUCAUCAGACGAGGCCCCUAAGGCUCGCCCAUGCCAUGACGGAUUCGCCUGUUGGACUGGCCAUGUGGAUCUACGACGUACUGGUGUCUUGCGUUGAGGAGGAAAACGUCGGUAGGAUCUGGACCCCUGAGACGGUCAUCACAUGGACAAUGAUGCACUGGAUUCCCGGCCCGUACGCCGCCUUUUCGUUGUACAAGCACGGCGCGGCCGACGGCGCGAUAUCCGUCCGUGGGAUCGAGGCGUUGCCGUACGUCAAGCAGCCGGUGGCCGUCAGCCAGUUCCCGCACGAUAUCUGGUAUGGGACGCCGUUGGAGUGGGCGAGGAGGAUGGGCAAUGUUAAAUGGAGUGCGGUGCAUGAAAAGGGGGGGCAUUUCCCUGCGGUGGAGACGCCCGAGGUGCUGGUGGAGGAUAUGAGGCGCUUCUUUGGAAAUGAAGAGGAGAGCGGGACGGCAGUGUUCAGACAGUAGAGUAUCUUGA